AUGAGCAAAGUCGAAGUCCAAAGCAUCGAUGACAUGAACAACGCCUUCAAGGCGGCUGUUCAGAGUGUCAUCGACUUCAACAACUCCUUCGACUGGCCAGAGGUAAAUACCUUUGUCUACCGAGAGAUAGACGGGGUCAAGAUCGAAGCAGACGUCUGGGUAUGGGAGACGGUGCCGAACGGGGACUCUAAGCGCCUGCCGGCCAAGCGGCCUGUGGCUCUCUUUAUCCACGGAGGCGGAUGGAUGGCAGGUAUACGCACCGAUUUCCCCAAGCCGCUCUUGCAUGAAUUCCUGUCACGCGGAUUCGUCUUUGUCUCGAUCGAUUACCGCCUGCUUCCCGAGGUGGAUUUCAUCACCGGACAACUGGACGAUGUGCGCUUCGUGGAGACGUGGAUUCGCGAGAAGCUUCAGUCGUCUUUGGCGGAACGGGGUGUGAAUGUGCCGGUCGACACCGAUACGAUUGCGGUGCUCGGUGGUUCUGCUGGUUCUCAUCUGGCAUCUUUAACACCGAAAAUAUGGAAGAAGAAGCCGUCAGCUCUGCUGCUCAUGGCUGGGCCGACAAACCUCUUCGAGUUCCGCAGACUUGGUCGACCGAUGGGCGGAGGCAAGUUGACUCAGGUCGUCGAGCAGUGCCCUAUGGAUCCGACACCAGAAUUUAUCAAGUCGGCCAUGUUUGACGGUCCAAGGACCAACACCCACCCAACACUUAGUGUCGAGGCUUUCCUACAGCCCCGAUCCCAGCUGGGCCUCUCCAUCUUCCUGAACGAAGUUAUCCCCGACUUUAUGGUCCUCGGCCUUUCCGAGGGGAAGCUGCCGAAGAAAGGCAGUGCUCCCAAGGACAAAGUCGAAUACAUCAGUGCGGCUUUCGGCGACCUCAGUGACUGGCCGCCGACGUUUCAAAUGAUUGGCGACAGCGACGAAGCCUUUGAUGCCUCGCAUCUAACUGUGUUCCACGAUAAAUUGAAACAGCUCAAUAUUCCAUCUGGGGUGCUCGUGGUCCCAGAACAGUCGCAUGCCUUCGAGGGCAUGUCCAAGAUCGGCGACCAGUUGCACUUGAGAUAUAUUCAGCCGGCGUGCGAGUUUGUGGUGAGGCAUACGCUAAAAGACAGCGAAGGAAAGUGA